AAAAUAUGGUAAUUAAAAAGUGAACAAAAAGUCUUUCAAAAUAUGCACAAAAUUAAUUUUUGAACAAAGACACCAAAUAAAAAUAGUUUUCGUUAUUAUUUUGUAUGAAAAUUGUGAAAUGUGGCUUUAAGUGUUUCCCAAUAUUUUCAAAAAUCAAACUUCGUGCAAAGAUCAUUGAACAAAGACUUAUUUCAUGCACAUAUUGGUUUUGGGCCUGGCCGAGUGACCUUUCCAUUCGUUGCGUUGAACUGCAACCUGUUGCUGGCAUUUGUGGACACUUUUCCAAGCGGAUGGAAAUCCCACACGAAGAGCAAAGAGCUGCUCUGUGCUGUGCUUUGUGUGUACACUCCCAGUCUCUCAUUUAAAUAAGAUGCGCUAAAGGGUUGGGCACGCCACAAACAGCAGCGUACGGAUAUAAAUAUAAAUAUACAUAAAUAUAUAUAUUUGAGAGGAGCCCUACCCAUAUUCAUGGCCAUGCAGGAUAUAAGGCUACGCCUGGAACCGCAGCUCAGUACAGUCACAGCCACCUUCACAUCGUCCUCGUCCUCAGCCUGCUCCUCCACGUCAUCGUCAUCGAACACGGCUGAGACGACGCUGAUUGAGUCGGCCCCGAAGUCGCCCAUUGCCACAGAGCAGAUCUUCAGUGAGGCAGCUGCUGGUGCAGGCACAGCGACCACAGUGAAUACAUCUCCGCAGCAUUAUUUCCAUCAUCAUCAUCAUCCGCACCAGCAUCCACGCCCUCAGUUGCAGCAGCACACGCACACGCACUCGCAUCCGCACCAUCCCAGACGCCACGUGGAGCAGCUGCAGCUGGUGCACAGCCACCACAAUGCCCAAGAGCUGCCCGAGCAGGAGCACCAGCAUCAGCUGCAACUGCCGCGCUCCCCCAGCUCCGAGGAGGAUAAUUCACCCACAGAAAUGAAUAAUUGCCGUCGUUUGGUUGAUAAACCGCCGCUGGUGAAACGACUCACCAUGGGCAUUGGCCUGCUCCGGGGCACCGAGGACAGCCGCCCACUGGUGCACAACACAUGCGGCUCCUCCCUGAACUCGGGCUCAUCGCAGACCAUUUCGGAUGGCUAUGUGAACGAGGCCAUCUGCGAGCCGGACAAGUAUGUGGCCAGCAAAUUUGGCGACUCGUGUCGCCAAUCGCUCACCGCCCUGGAAACGGCCACCCAGCGCCUGCAGGUGGAGCUGCCCGGCAACAAGAAGUAUUUGCGAGAGACAUGCAGCGCUAACUCCAGUCCGAAACUGUUUUCCGCCAACGGAUCGCUGCGUCUGGAUAAUCUCAGCCUGGCCGAGCAGCAGGAGCUUAAAGGGGCCGCCUGGUUCCAAGCGGGCAUUCCGCGCGAGAUCUCACUGGAGGUGCUCUCCCGCCAGAGUCCCGGCGCCUUCCUGGUGCGUCAGAGCAGCACCAAGCCAGGCUGCUUUGCUCUGUCGCUGCGUGUGCCGCCGCCAUCGCCGCGUGUGGCCCACUAUCUGAUCCUCAGGACACAGCGGGGCUACAAAAUCAAGGGCUUCACCAAGGAGUUUAGUUCGCUGAAAGCGCUGAUUACCCAUCACUCGGUGAUGCCGGAGCUCCUGCCCGUGCCACUGACGCUGCCCAGGCCGGCGCACGUGCGUUCCCACGCCCAGUCACAGGCACAGGUGUAUGGGAGGGGUGGUGGCAGCGGCGGCGGCGGUGGCGGGGACUUCGAAAUGUACGGCUCGCUGAAUGAUUUUCGCAACAUGAUGGCCGAUUUGAAUGUGUGACCGUUGGGCGCACUUAAUUAAUUAAGUAAUUAUGUCACGUUGAUUGAAUUAAGCCGCCUGGCUUGUCAUAUUGUCCGGGGUCGCGACGAGAUGUGGAAUGAUGCGGUCCUGUCUGGACAGGAUAACAAUCUGUUUAAUUUGCGUAAUUGGCUGUGCUGACGGUUGACGUGGCUACCAAUAAAUGAGCCUGGGCCGAUGCCACUGCCGAUCCAUCUGUUCGCCAGGUGCUACAAAAAUUUGCAAAAAAUGUUAUGAAAAUUGAUAAUAAAAUCAGCCACCGAGCGGCGGGGGCGGGACUGUGGUCACGGCUGGGCAGACGGUCAGAUAGGGAGGGUUGGGGGAAAGAGGGUACUCAUGUAAGCGAACACACAAACAAACAAACAAAAAUAAAGAAUGUGCUCAAAUCAUUUUUAUGAAAUGAUUUUAUGAUUAAAAAAGUGCAAAACAAAAAAAUAUGCAAUAUGUAUACGCAAACAGA